UGAUCAGCGAAAACAGAAAACCGUCUCGGAAGGUUGUUAACCAUCCUUUGAAUUAGAAUGUUUGGUACCAUUUUCAGUGUUUUCCACUUUUUACAGCUCCCAUUCACAUACCCAUCAAACCAUUUCGUCACACAUCUUGCAAGUACGAGUUGAGGGAUGUUGGGUCACACCGAUCGACUAUCAGAAGAAUUGAUAUCAUCAAAUGAUCAAAUACUGGCAGACCCUGUGUCUGAAUUUGGCAACGAUGAAGAGGAAACUUGUUCAGAACAGAUAGUUUACUCAGCUUCCUUUGAAGAGCUUGCAAGCAGUAGUAUUAAAUAUGAUACAGUCAUAUGGCUUUCUAUAUCAUUACUUCUGGUUUUAGCUUGGGGAUUUGGUCUUUUAAUGUUGCUCUACCUCCCCUUUAGGAGAUAUGUGCUUCGAAAGGAUUUGUCGUCUCGUAGAUUAUAUAUUACACAUACUGAAGUAGUUUACGAGGUGUCAAGGCCUUCAUAUAUACCUUUUUGGGGCACCAUAACAAUUGAGAGGCGUUCACCUCUUUCUUUGGUGAUUGAUAUUAUUAUUGAACAAGGUUGUUUACAGUCUAUAUAUGGUGUCCAUACUUUUCGGGUUGAAAGUAUUGCUCAUGGAAAGGCUGCUGCAAUAGAUCAACUACAAGCUCAAGGAAUUUCUGACCCUGAUCUUUUGAGAAAGGUGAUCAUAACAGAAGCUUCAAAGAUCUCAAGAGAUUUAGGGAAAAGUUAGAAUCCUAUGGCUCCAAGCAUAGACUUGGAAAACAUGGCUCGUAUGCCAGCAAUAACUGAGGGACCAGUUGUCUUGAGAUCACCCUCAAGAAGUCACAAGGUAAUAAUAGUCCUCCUC